GAGCCAGGCAACUGCUGAAAUUAUGUGAUUGGCGCUUUUCACGCUGCCAACAACAGCGCCUCCCCAAGCGUCACUACCAACAGUUCGGCUUCGCUGUGCUCGCUCUGCGCACCUGGAGAUCCGCGUAACGACGCGCAGCGUCUGCUGACGUCCAGACAUUGCGCGCGCUCCGAGCAUUCUUGAAGGUGCGUUUUGCUCAGCAUCACCGCGAAGAGGUCCAGAGAGGCAGGCGGGCAGCCUCCCGGAAGAUGAAAACAUCACGGUGCGCGGUGCAUGAGACGGGGAACGUUAUGAUCGGCACGCAUCGUGGGAGCGCAAUAUUCCGGAAUCAGGUCGUUGUAUAAACUUCCUGCACAAACAGCCUGGGAUGUGACAGACAGGGGUGCCAUUGCUCUCCGGUGACAAGUGGACUGUUUUUACACCAUCCUUCUAAAUAAGGAAGCAGGGCUGUCAGACACAUGACCACCGUCCCGAUUUGGGCGCUGCCAGAGUGCCCAUCGCAUCCCAUGAUCGCGCGCAAGCCGUCCAAUAAGGCUCAGCAUGCGACCCCCAUUUCACACGUGGAGUGACAGCAGCGUCCCAUCAUCAUCAGUCCUGCCAGUUCUCCUCGCCGCUCGCAACUUUCUUUCUUUCUCUCUCACUCGCUCACUCUCUCUCUCCUCCCCCCCUCCCCUAAUAUGAUGUCAUGUAUAGGGAUGAGGGUGGCUUCUGAGGUGAGAUAGGGAUUUUGUGGCAUUCUCCACGACCCGAGGCUUUGGAGCUGCAAAAGAUGGUCAUCACCACCUUCUCCGCCUCAAGUCGUGUCUCCGCGCUCUCUCCCCGUUCUUCCGUCGCUCUCAUCUCGGGCCACCGUCGCAUGCCCGAAGUCCUGACCUGCCUCGCUAAAUUAAGCCUGCACCACCAUGCCGAGGGAAGAAAAACUAGAAGAGGGGUAUUUUUAGUGCCAUUAAUUUUGACCACGUGCCCCGAAGGUAAACCCGAUGGCCAUUGCGCAAAGGCUCCUCAUCAGUAUGUCCUGCGAGGCCAAGGCGCAACACUGGCCAAGGACUGCCGUUCUGCUCUUGGGAUUGCUCCUAGUUGGGAUUGUGUCCUCCAGUCCGCUUCCGAGUAGGACUAACAGGACAACUUUACUGGAGAAGCGAUGGGAGAGCCUCUUCUCCCGCUCCGUGCUGGGGAUCUCUGGAGAGAGACCAGAGGCGAACUGGGAGAAUGACUAUUUGCUGGGCAUCAAAAGAGUGCGGAGGCUGUACUGCAAUGUAGGCAUCGGGUUUCAUCUUCAGGUCCUCCCAGACGGCAAGAUAAACGGUGUACAUAAUGAGAACCAGUACAGUCUCAUAGAGAUCUCCACUGUGGCCAGAGGAGUGGUUAGCCUGUUCGGUGUCAAAAGCGAGCUGUUUGUCGCAAUGAAUAACAGAGGAAGGUUGUACGGAACGGCUACCUUUAAAGACGAAUGCAAGUUCAAGGAGACCCUGCUGCCAAAUAACUACAAUGCCUACGAGUCCUCCGUUUACAAGGGAUUCUAUGUCGCUCUCAGCAAACACGGCCGACUGAAGCGAGGCAACAAGGCCACCACCGCCAUGACGGUCACCCACUUCCUCCCUCGAAUAUGAGCAGACUCUUGCAAUAAUUCUUCAUUUGCACUGAUCUCCCAGAGAGUUCUGAAAACUGACACACAAACAUACAAGGAACUGCAAGAAUAUCACCAAAAUAGUACUUAUUCUUUUUUUAUAUGUAUAUUUGGAUAGGUCAGCUUUUUAUUAGAAUCUCAGAAUAUGCUAUCCGUCGCUGCUUACUUCUUUUAUUUAUAGAUAUAUAUAUAUUAUUGAUUAUGGAUGUGAAGGCUCUCCCAGCCUUCCUUUCUGUAAUCAGGUGCUUGCCAAGAAUCGAACAGACUCUAGGAUGGAUGUCCUCCUCUGCUUUUUACAGUGAAAUUACGUUUUUUAUUACCUCAAAGAGCUACCUAGAUGGUUUAAAAGGAUGCAUGAAGUUACGCUUGUUAUUUUUAGUUCUGUCUGAGCCGACACAAGCAUAACGAGUCUUUAUUUUUUUAUCUUUGACUUGAUUUUCUUCUGUUUUUCUCAUGCUGUGGGGUUGUGUGAGCACUUAAACGAAAGCAGAUCUCUCUUGCUGCAUGUUGCACUGAGGUGCCUUGGCAUUCCCACACACCGCCCCUUUAACAUGCAUGCUCUGAACGCCCCAGGGCGUCAGAAAUAGGGCUGAUAUGUUAGCCAGGGCCCCGCGGGGACUGUCCCACAAGGGCCCUGGAGAGGGGCGAGGGGGAUGGGUGUGCAUCUCUGCUUUAUUUUACUUUUCUCUAAUUAGAGAACACCGUAUUAGACGGCAGAGCGACUCGUAAACACUGAUCACCUCUGCAGUUCGGCAUCAUCUGCUGUCGACUCAGAAAUGAGGUGAAACUUUAGCCCCUUUCACACGGUAAUUCCAGUAUAUUGCCGUAAAAAUGACCAGAAUGAUUUUUUUGGUAAAUACAGAAGCAAUGGCUUUUUACUGUUAAGAGACCAUUCAUACAUCAGUACCAAAAUACUGGUAAACUCUGUGAUGUCAGUCAUCGGAAAUGACGCAGUACUUGAGUGACAGGCAGAAGUGGUUAAUUAUGGAAACCUGUUUUCCCCACAAAAUAAUAAUAAUAAUAAUAAUAAAAAAAAACUUUUUAUCUCACAAUUUGGAAUUUUUUUUUUUUUUUUGAAUUGUUGAUUUACAGCUAGUAAACAUAUGGCAUGAGAAGUCCAAAUUUUGAGAUACUAACUCACAAAUGCAAUGAAAAAAGACAGACAUUUGUGAAACAAAAAGUCACAAUUACUUUUUUUUUUUUGUAAUUCCGUGGCAGAAACAAAAAAUUCUGAGAAUUCCGAGAUGUAAACACAGAGUUGCGAAAAGUAACCUCAGAACUAUGCAAAAAAUUCUGAAUGGUUGAGAUUAGAACUUUGAGGAAAAAGUCAGAAUUGUGAGAUAAAGCUUUGCAAUUACCUUUUUUAAUUUUUUAUUUCGUGGCAUAAACAUAAAACAGAAUUGUGAGACAUAAAUUCAGAAUUCAGAGAAAAAAGUCAGAACUGCAAGAUAUAAACUCACAAUUGCAAGAUGCAAACUCUGAAUUAUGAAAAAGAAAGUCAGAAUGUUGAGACUGUCUUGAAAUUAAAAAAACAAAAACAAGUUAGGUUUAAAAAGUUGCAAUUAUCUUAAUUUUUUAAUUCUGUGGCAGAAUUGGGCUUCCAUAAAUGAUCACAUGAAACGUGUUUUUGCUCUUAAAAGCACAAAACACCACACAGUAGUAUCCAAAACACUGCUAAAACUGAUUUACCAGUAUUUUUUAAAAAGGUCCUGUUGACACAUGAUCUCUAAACGGUAAUUUACCAGUACAGAUAGUAAGUACAGAGAUAGUGUGAAAGGGGUUAUUAUCUUUUCUAGCUAAACCCCUAUUGGAGCUUUGAGGCUGUACAUUUUAUUUGUGGACUAGACUGUUUUUGCAAUCAAAAUUAAACUUUUUGUAAAGAAAACAGGAAAAAAACAACUAAAAAGUAAGAAAUCUACAGGGGAACUGAUGCAAGCGCACACUGAAAAUGUUAAACAUGGCUGGUUCGAUUAUACUAUUGCUUACCACAGGUUUGCCUGAACAAAAGGAGCACUUGAAAAUAAGCUUUAAGCGUUGCUGUGAAUGAGAACGUCUUCUAAACCAAUGAAAAUACUGUAAAUACUGACUGUGCACUGAAAACGCCAGUAGCCCGGAGCUUUGUCGCUUGUUGCUAAAGGCACACUGCCAUCAAUGAUGGUAUCUGAUUCAAGGGAAUACGUGCAGUAUAUGUUUAUUUAUUUUUGCUUCGGGUGUGAGUGUAUGUGUGUGCACCUGUCCAUGUGGAUGCCUUUGUGUGUGAAUCCUGGUCAAGGGGACAGUCGAGUCUGGCUCUUUCCUGUUGCUGCAGAGGCACUGCAGUGGCACUCGCCGCUGCUGCUCUAUGCAAAUGUAAUUACAGGCCAGAUGCCGUGAGGCAUCCGAACUGAGGGACGCUCACUGUUUUUUGUGUUUUGGUAUGUCUGCCUUUAUUUCCAUCAGUUUCUGACACCAAAUGUCACACCACACUGUUCUUUAACCCUUGUGCUGUUCUGAAAACCUUUACCUAAUUUGGUGUUUCCAGUCAAAUGACCGGCUUUUCGAAAAUUGCUUGCAGGUCUCUCAUUAAUGCUAUAUUUUCACCAAAUCUUGGAUUUAAUCUUUUUGUUGACUUGUUUUCUUUCAGUUAGCACAGGUUUUGUAUUUAUUUCUGGAACUGAUUGAUUGUAGACCUCAGUGAUCUGAGCUUAUGCACCUCAGUUUUUGAGUGAAAUGAGCAUUAUUUGUGAAUAAUUUUGGCAGUGUUCGCUGGUGCAUAAACUCGGAUCAGUAAUGCCUGUUAUCAGUCAGUCCCAAAACAAAUACAAAAGUUUAUAAAAAGAUUGAAUCCAAUAUUUGGCGAUAAUAUAGCACAACAAGAAAUUUAUAAGCAAUUUUUUUGUAGGUUAUUCAUUUUAGCGGUGGAACAAGGUGGAAAAAACAUUUUUUUUGGAAAGUUGUUAUACCCUGUGCAAGCAAUGUCAGUUUUAGUUCAAUGUGAGAACACUGAGAAAAAGAAAAUCUCUCCGAGUUAAAAUGACUGGAACACAGCAUGAGGGUUAAAGGAAAAUCGAAAGGAAUGACGCUAUUUUAGAAAGACGUAUAGCCUGGUUGUUUGUUCAAUCUGUUUGAAAUAUGUGGGGGUGGAAUACCUGAGCGGAGGCCACGCUGGUGACGUCUCCCUCGCACAUGGACAAUCUUGUAAAAGCCACGGUGCACAGAAGCCUUGAGAUUCCAGUAGUAGCACAAGGGUUCUUUACGGUUUCCCAUCCAACUUUAGUCCAAGGUCAUUGCUAUGGAGUUAGUUGGAAGCUAGUUGGAAAUGUCUGUUCAAGGUCUUGUUUCCUUUUCUCAAGUCCAUUGUGGUCUCAUUGUGAUUUGUUUGGAUCCAUGCUGGGUUUUGCUGCAUCUAUACUGUCCUCUACAUUCAGUUAAGAUUGCUGUUAACUGAAUUUACAAUUGAUCUGUUGGGGUGUAUUCCAGUAAUUUCAAAAUUGUGGAAAUUGUGUGAUCGAUUCCCUACGCAAAUUUUGCUCACGUUCAAGCUGAUCAUUUGAAAGUUGCUUGGUUUUAAAAUUUUGCCUAAAAUUUAGUCAGCAUGAAAUCAGCAUUAUCCCUGUUUACUUUCUUCAUGUCGGUUCAUGGUCUUAUUGUGUACUGGUCUUUAUUAAUGGCCACUUUUCAUGAUUGAAAUAAUUUUUGAGAGCUAAAAUCAGAUCCAACCCAAUGUUUUUUAGCAUUAAAUAUUGGUUUUCACUCAGAAAUUCAGUGCAUUAGAGAAGUAAAAUUGGUUAAUGCUUAACUUUAAGCAUUUGAAGCCAGACUUUUCAGAUCACCAUGAAUCCAAACGUAUGCUAUAAGCAAACAUAUUUUACACAGCAGUGAUUUUAUUUCAGUGUGCUAUGUACAUAUAUUUAAGUUUUUCUGAAAAAAGUUAGCACAAAGCUUCACUCCUAAACCUAACCAACAGGUUGUAUGAAAAAGUACCAAUACGAAUUAGCCAAUUCACCAAACGUAAAACAGCUAUGAAUUGCAGUGAGAUUGUGUUGGGCGAAUCCAGAAGUGAUAUGACCUUAGUUUGUUAUUCGCACUUGUUUGCUACCGAAUGAUAAAGGAAAGUUUUUGCGAGACUGGCUCCUUCCACUAGCGCAGUGAAUAUAUAUCAGGACAGACCUCUGCAGGACUGACGCAAUACUUUAGAGAGACAAAAACAGGCCGAUCAUCUCUCGCCUCUGCCAAGCUGCUUGUUUUGUGGUCUAAUCUGUGAAGAGAUGUUUCAGUAUUCAAGGGCAUUCAGUCAUUACUUGUCCAUUAGCAAUUUUGUCAAUAAUGUGCCAUUGAGGACUGUAUUUAGCUGAUGUGCCUCAGAAUUCAUAUCACCGUGAGUCCCAGUGAGGCUUGCACACUUAAAAACAAUAAAACACAUUUAUUGGACUGAAGAGUAGCUAUUUAAUAGCAACAGUCACUGCUUCAUUAAUAUUGGCAGUGCAAGCAGAAACAAGUUCAACUUCAUUAGAACCAUAUUUUAUAGAUAGUAACUAAGGAGUAAUGGGUUUGGCAGACUGGUACCUACAUAAUACUAUUUUAGUAAAAUAUGUCUUUUGAAUGUGUUAUAAAAUCUCAAGCACUAAUGAAGCAUUGAAGGAGUGAAAUCAGGGAGCCAAAUGAGGUGUUUCUUUAAUUUGUGUCCUGAUUGUGGCAACACCAUCUUAAGUCUGUGAAGAAUGAACGAUGUACGUGAACAUUUGGGAAUCGGAGCCAUCUCAUCUGCUGAUGUAUGUCUCAUGGAUUUAUAGCAACAGCUGUAAAAAUGUUUAUUGGGCAUAGAAUAUAGACACCAGUUUCCUGGUACACUCUGGACUCAUGAGAAAAACGUAUGUGCAUGAAUGACUGCAAGCUGUCACCGGCUGAAUCCUCCUCACAUAUGCAGGGAUGGUUUGGGGAAUCUUUGGCGCACCGGAGGCAUUAGAUUGGGAUGCCAGUUUGUGGCGCUGCAGUGUCUUUGUUUUGAAACGGCUUUGUGUGGCUGAUCCUGUUACAGAGGGAAGAUCCCACGUCUGUGAGGGGUCAGUAAUCAUUUAGUGCGAUUUCAGGAUUUUUCGGCUUUUUCUUUUCAUGUUUUUCCACUAGCAUACUACGUACUUACUUUUCUCUGAUUAAAGUGGCAUCUAAAAAUGGGAUGCAAACUUAAGCACUGACCCAGAACCACAAAGCACACUGAGCACAGAUUGAUACUAACAGAUAUAAAUGACCCAGAACCACAGAGCAGAUGUUAUUAUUUAAAUGAUUUUAAUGAUUAAUGUUCCAAAAUAGUUUAUCAAUAAUUCUGAUUAUCAGCAGUUUUCGUUCUACACAUCAGUAAAAUUCAGGAUCUUGUGUAGCUGUAUUUUCUCUUUUUUAAAAUGUUUUGUGUUUCUGUCUGCUCCUCUUUAUAAACACCUCUCACCCCUGCCUUAGUUAUGAUUACUUGUAAUAAUUUUUUGACAGUAGGAAACUGAGGACAUGAUCAUGUGUUUCUGAGAACAUGCGCUGAUGCUAUGUAUAAAUACAAAUAUGUUUGAGAAAAUUUUAUUUUCCUUUACUUUUCUACGUAUGUGCUGUGCACAGCAGUUUAAUCAUAUUCCUAAUGUUAAUAAAACUAUUUUCUUUUCUUUUUUUUUCUUUUAUUUCGGAUGCGUGUGUAUUUGUUUCACAUUUUAGUCAUGCUCAAAGUAGUCAGUAUAAUGAGCAGUCAUGCACAGUGCCCAGAACUGAUUCUUUUCUAGAAAUAACGCUGUCAGGAUGUCACACUCAUACAGGAUCAUUUAUACAACAUGACAACAGUUCAAUAAACUACUCGCAAGUAAUUCAUAAA